UCGGUAAUAGUGAUACAGAAGAAGAAACAAUCAGUAGGUUGAUGCGUGGAAGUCAAUGGGCAUUUACGAGAAGCAGGUAGUGCUGAUAAGCGGCUGCUCCGCCGGAGGCAUAGGCCACGCGCUAGCCCUCGAAUUCGCCGCCCGGGGCUGCCUCGUGGUGGCGACGGCGCGUUCACUCUCCUCCAUCUCCGAUUUGCAGGACGAUUCCAGGUUCUUCCUCCAAGAGCUCGACGUCUCCUCCGACGACAGCGUGCGCCACGCGCUCUCCACAGUCCUCGAGAACUUCGGCCGUAUCGAUAUCGUUGUCAACAAUGCUGGAGUCCAGUGCGUCGGCCCCGUCGCCGAGGUCCCGCUCUCCAUGAUCCAACACACCUUCAACACUAAUGUUUUUGGAUCGUUGAGGUUGAUUCAAGCCACAAUUCCUCACAUGGCAUCUCGUAAGAAGGGCAAGAUUGUAAAUAUUGGAAGCGUGUCAGUGUUGGCCCCCCUACCAUGGGCAGGCGUUUACACUGCGUCAAAAUCUGCUCUACAUUCCCUAUCCGAUAAUCUAAGAUUGGAGGUGCGACCCUUUGGGAUCGACGUGAUCACAGUUGUGCCCGGGGCUAUUAAGUCCAACCUAGGAGACUCUGCUUUAUCCAUCUACAAUCGAAUGCCCGAGUGGAAACUGUACAAGCCAUUUGAAGAAGCGAUUCGAGCUAGAGCAGUCUUCUCACAGACACCCAAAUCUACUCCUGCACAAGACUUUGCAAAGAAGACAGUCAUCGCCGUGCUGAAAGACAAGCCGCGCGCUUGGCUCAGCUUUGGCCAUCAAUCCACACUUAUGGCAAUAUUGUACUAUGUGCCCCUUUUUGUUAGAGAUUUUCUCUUUAGAAAGAAGUUCAACUGCUGAUAUGUUUGUGGGGAUGUUUUAAACACCUUUCAUUUCGAGCAAUCUUCCCGCUUCGUCCACGACACAAUGCCUAAAUAGCACUAGACUAUGGGUCAGCUCUCUAAAAAGUAUUCUUGUCCCAAGCAAAAUAAUAUGCUGCUAUUGAUGUCUA